AUGGACGCGAGCUCCCUCUUCAGCAUCAAGGGCAAGAUUGCGCUCGUCACGGGCGGCGGGCGCGGCGUGGGCGAGAUGAUCGCGGCCGGCUUCGUGGCCAACGGAGCGAAAGUGUACAUCUCCUCCCGUGACGCGGCGGCAUGCGAGGCCACCGCGGCGGCGCUCACUGCCCAGGGGCCGGGGUCAUGCGUCGCCAUUCCCGGCGAUCUGAGCAAGUACGACGACUGUAUCGCGCUCGCCAAGGAGAUCGAGUCGCGCGAGGGCAAACUCGACAUCCUCGUCAACAACUCCGGCGCGACAUGGGGCGCCAGUCUGGAAGAGUACCCCGACGCAGCGUGGAACAAGCUCCUCACGCUCAACGUGCAACGCGUGUUCACGCUCACGCAGGCGCUGCUGCCGGCACUGGAGAAGGGCGCGGCGGCGAGCGGCUCGCCGUCGCGGGUGAUCAACGUCGGAUCAGUCAACGGAAUCGACGUGCCCGUGCUCCCCACAUUCGCGUACUCUGCCUCCAAGGCCGCGCUGCACCACCUCACGCGCCACCUCGCCGGCCACGUCGGCAAGAGCAUCACCGUCAACGCCCUCGCGCUCGGCCCGUUCCGCUCCAAGAUGAUGAAGGCCACCCUCGACGCCUUUGAGGACGCGCUCGCCCAGUCGCUGCCCAUGAAGCGCAUUGGCCGCCCCGAGGACGUCGCCGCGGCCGCCAUCUGGCUCUCUGGCCCCGGCGGAGAGUGGGUCACGGGCACGAUUGUGCCGGUUGAUGGGGGCGCGACCGUUUACGGAGAGGCCAAGUUGUAG